AUGCCUGCGCCACUAGCCAAAGGCCUUAUAAUCGCCGCAUCCGUUAUUGUCGCCGCCGGAAUCGCCAUUUACGAAUCGCCUCAGGUCCGACAAUGGGCUGACCAGACGCGCCGUAAGAUUGCCCUUGCGCUGCAUAAUCUCGGCGAUGACAUCCAGCCUCGCCGCCCCAGUGAGACGUCGGAUGAUUUCGAGGAAAGGAAGCGGAGGAGAGAGGAGUUGGUUCGGAGAAAUCGGAAUGAGCUGAUUAGAAGAGCAAGAGAAGAGGGAAUUGCCGUGGAUCUCGACGAGUUGGCCAAGAUUGGGACCGAGACGGCUGAGGUCGCCGCACAGAGAUCGAGGGCGGAUCGCACGAAGAGCUUCGACGACAUGGUUGGCAGCGACGGUACUCUCAAGGACAAGGCAAACACGACUGGCACAGACUCUGCAAAGGGCGACAUCAGGAAACGCGGCGUGGCCGGCUUUGCCGCCGGCUCCGCUGCGGCGGCUGUUCUUGCAAACCCAUUCGACGAUGAUGCCACUCUCUUGGACAACGACCACGCCGAAACACCUUCCACUUCCACCCAAGCUGAUACCCGCGGAAGUUCUGCAACCGUUCAACCCGAUACCACCUCUACCCCAGCCGCCGCUACCCUGGUUGACCUAACACCCACCCCUGACGCUCCAUCUUCACCCGCCCAACCCCAAGCCGACGAAGCAGACCAAGCCGCACAAUCUUUCUACUCCAUCGCAUCCUCUACUUCACCCCUCCCAGAACCCCGCCCUUCAUCCCCCUCUCACCUUUCCACUGGUACCCUAACCCCUCGCUCCGAGCGCUCCAUGACCCUCGCCUCUGCCUCCGCCGCCUCCGUCCACGCUGACGACAUUGGCAUCCUCAGCAUGCAAAACGACUCUGACCAUGAUGCCCGCUCCGAAAUCUUCUCCGAAGGUGGCUUCACAGACGCUUUUUCAGAAGGCGGCUUUAGCGAGUUUGAUUCUGAGAAUCGGGCGGGCAUCAUGACGCCAAGCGAGUGGUCGCAUAUCGGCAGUGAUGACGAGAGUGAGUGGGGGAAUGGCCACGUUAGUCAAAUGCAUCAGUGAAGGAUGUAACCUCUUUCUUUAUUUUUUUUCUCACUUUGGAUGUCAAAAUGAUAUAGGGAGCACUCACGGUGUUCUUGGUUUUUUUUCCUUGCUUCGUUUUCCUUUGUCUCGUUUUCUCUGGGUUUCCUUGGCAGAUUGGGAAGGGACUGGGUACAUGUAUCAUGGCGUUUUUCUCUUUUGGAGGGAAGUAACAACUGCAUACCUCUUUUCUUUUCCUUGGGGGUUUUCUCCUUUAUACAAGUAGAAAGGGAAUAUAAGAACCACUUUUUUUCUGA